AUGUACCCAUUCAACCGACUGUCUACCGUAAACGCCGGAGACGAACGAGUUUUGGUACAGCAGCGGAGAAGCCUCGUCCCCAAGAGCUUCAUGGCCAACAUCCUCGAGAUGUCCCUGAUGACGAACGGGUGGCGAGACGAGGUGCUGCCGAAGGAGGAGGAGCCCUUUUUGGAUCAUCAUCCCGAGGGAUCGCCGGUCCGGCAGGGCCCGACAAUGCUCCCCUUCCGGAAUGUCCGCUGUUUCAGCCGUACAAUCUCGCCGGUGCUGCAAUUCUUGAGGGCAAUCGCCUUCUUUCCCGGGUUAUUUCAGCAGAGUAACAGACGGAGGAAGCAUUGUCAGGAUAGGAUGAAGUACUUUGCCCUGUACACGUUCGCCGCGCUCAUCAUCCUGCUCAACUGCUGGCUGUUCAAGAUGAACGUCUGGCUGAUGCUGUUUUAUCAGCAACAAUUCGGUCUGAUGCACACGUGCACCGUCUCGUCGAUCGUAUCCGGGAUCAAGCCUUUCGUUAAUGCGGUGGUGAUCGCGCUGUUCAUCAUGCAUAUAAGCGCCCAUUAUCGACUAGUGAAUACGGUGGAUACGGUGGAUCUGUGCUUCCGUGCAGCCUUCCACACGACUCCCCCAAUCCGUCUCUACUCCCUCAUCUUUUUCUUCGUCUCGUUCGCCUUCUUCCUCGGCACGUUCGCCCUGUUCUGCGUCGAGUUCAUCUCUUUUGGCAGCAGCCUCGGGACGGCAGCCGAUGCGUCAUUCCUGAUCGUGCCGAUGCUAUCGCUAUGGAACAUCGUCCCCCUAUUGUAUUACGACAUGUAUAACCGGAUCGUACGGUGGGGGAAAGGUUUCAGAAUGUUCAAAACUAAU